GAAUACACUUUUAAGUUAUGGCAACAAUCAGUGUGACACAUUUUGAAAUUUGUUUGAGAGUUAUGUUUUGAUGUAAUAACUGUGAUAGUGAAUGUAUUGAUUUUUUACAUUUUUAGCUGUAUCUAUUUUAUACAUAUUUUAGCUAUGGAUUUUGAGGAGUCAUUUUUUAAUGAUUCUGAGGAUGAACUGUUUCUGAAAAGUAUUGAUGAAGAUCUUGACUUUGCUUUUGCACUAUCCUUACAAGCAGCUUAUGAUGAGGAUAUAAAUGAAAAUAGUAUAAAACAAGAAUCUGCAUCAAAUUCUCCUAGUGGAAGUAGUGCAAAACCUUUAUCAAUUGUGGAUGAACAAUGGGAGCUAAUAGAUCCAAAUCCUGAUAUACACAGCCUGUUUUUACAGUAUGAUGCCAAAUUUUUUUAUGGCAAACUUCAAGCUGUUGAAGUAAAAUGGAGCCCACGUAUGACACACUGUGCUGGUGUAUGUUGUUAUGAAGGCAGAGGACGCUUAUGUUCUAUUCGUUUAAGUAUGCCGCUUUUGAAGCUUCGCCCUCGACGUGAUUUGGUAGAAACUCUAUUA